AUGUCUACGGGUUUGGCAUCAUGGAGUUUCGGGAGUAGAAUGCGAUCAAUGGUGAUAGUUGGUGUAUUCUUGAGUCUUGUCUUUGUUUAUGGAUUCGCAUAUCGUUUGAACCAUGACGAAAUCCAACCAAAACUUAAACCUCUCGACGCCGGUCCUAUUACAAUUGUUCAAAUCGAAACUAUAGAACAUACGGUGACACAUACCAGUACAUCAAUUUCUGUUUCCACAAAAAACGAAUACGCUUUACCAACCUCUACCCUCGAUCCCACAAAAUUAGCAUUCAUGGUGGAGACUCGCCCACUACCACAUCUACCUCUUCAGCUCACACAUAUGACAAGCGUCAUUCCACAAGAGUGGACCUUUAAAUUUAUGGGAAGCACACUUCCAUCAAUUAUCUAUUUGGAUUUCACCACUUGCGAGAUCUAUCGUGAAUCCAUAUCUCAGAUGUUCACCGACCCCGAACUUUACAAAUCUCUCUCUCCAGCCGAACAUCUCCUAGUCUUUCAACCCGACUCUAUAUUUUGCACCAAAGCACCCACUACUCUGAACGAUUUCAUCGAGUAUGAUUAUAUCGGAGCGCCAUGGUCGACAUACUCAACCCAUGGUGGCAACGGGGGACUUUCCCUCCGUCGCGUAUCAUCCAUAUUACGAUUGCUAGAAACAGAAAGACGCAAACCCGGAGAUGGAGCACUUGAAGAUCUAUGGCUGAGUACAGGACUGAACAAGCUGGAAGGAAGUAAAAUGGCAAAUGCAGCAGUGAGCAAGACUUUUAGUGUGGAAAGUGUUUGGGACGAAGCGCCGCUGGGUUAUCAUAUCGGAUGGUUGGGGGUACCACCAUGA